AUGUCGGGGCUCAGCUGCCCGGAGAGAGAGGGCUGCCGUCACCUGCUCGGCCUGCUGGAUACCGACGAUAUCAUGGCGCUGUGCGACACCGUCACCAACCGCCUGGUGCAGCCUGAGAACCGCCAAGAUGCCAUUCGUGCAAUUUUAGUGUACAGUCAAAGUGUAGAAGAACUUCUGAGGCGUAAAAAAGUCCACCGAGAUAUCAUAUUUAAGUACUUGGCAUCACAGGGGGUUGUUAUACCUCCAGCUACUGAAAAACACAAUCUUAUUCAGCAUGCAAAGGAUCACUGGAAAAAGCAAUUACAUCUGAAAUUGAAGGAAACACCAGAGCCAGUUAAGACCUCUCAGGACAUUAGAAACUUUCAAAAGGAGAAAGAAGAAAAAACUGAAAAAGUUGAUUGCCGACGAUUAGGAGAAGCAUUCUGUCACUGGUUCUUUGAACUUCUUAAUUCUCAGAAUCCUUUUUUUGGACCACCUAAAGAUGAAUGGGGGCCACAGCACUUCUGGCAUGAUGUCAAGCUUAGGUUUUAUUACAACACAUCUGAACAAAAUGUGAUAGACUACCACGGAGCAGAAAUAGUGAGCCUUCGUCUGCUGUCACUUGUGAAAGAAGAAUAUCUUUUUCUCAGUCCCAACCUUGAUUCCCAUGGAUUGAAAUGUGCUUCUUCUCCCCAUGGUCUGAUUAUGGUUGGAGUUGCUGGGACUGUCCACCGAGAGAACUCUUGUUUGGGCAUUUUUGAACAAAUUUUUGGACUCAUCCGCUGCCCUUUUGUGGAGAAUACUUGGAAAAUCAAAUUUGUCAACCUGAGGAUUAUUGGAGAGGCUUCCCUUGCUCCUGGAGCAUUAAUGAAACCAGCUAUUAAAUUUGAACCAAGUGAUCUGGAGGCCUUUUAUAAUGUAAUUGUCUUAUGUGGUGCCAAUGAAGUACAACGUAAUGUAAGGCAGACGGGUAGUGGAACUGGAGACCAAGGUUUGUGCAGUGGAAAUGAAGCAUUGUUGAACAAAAGAUAA